AUGGAAGAUUCGGAACCUAAAAGUCAUCUCGAUUCCGGCAGCGGCAGCGAUGCGGAGAGCGUUUCCGUCUCCCCGCAACACACCCCUUCAUCCCCCGCCGGUCCUUGCCUCCCCCUGGCUCCUCCCCAGCCCCCGCAGCGGACCCCGCAGCGACCCCCGCAGCGGCCCCCCCAGAAUCCGCCCCCACCGGCCCCCGGGCAUCACCGCACGACCAACUUUUUCAUUGACAAUAUCUUGAGGCCGGACUUCGGCUGCAAGAAACUGCAGCAGCAGCAGAUCCUGGAGGCGGCGGGAGGAGAAGAAGGAGGAGGAGGAGGAGGAGGAGGAAGGGGAGAUGGAGAGAGGGGUCAGACCCCCGCCGGGAGAGAGCCCUCCAACUCCCUGGGGCCGCGGCCGGUCCCUGCGGCCUCUCUGCGAUGCCCGGGGGAUGCCAACUGUGCCACGCCCGACGGCUCCCCGGGCCGGCCUGGCGCGGCGGCCGCCAAAGCCCAGGACGGGGUCGGAAGCGGGGUCAGCCCGGGCAUCCCGGGGGUGAAGUUCGCCGACCCGGGCAAUCCGGCCAUUCUGCUCAUGAGUUCGGCCAACAGCGGGUCAGUGGUCAAGAGCGACUCCCAACAACCGCUGGUGUGGCCCGCCUGGGUCUAUUGCACGCGCUACUCGGACCGUCCAUCCUCCGGGCCUCGCACCCGCAAGCUGAAGAAGAAGAAGAGCGAGAAGGAAGACAAGCGCCCGCGGACGGCCUUCACGGCGGAGCAGUUGCAGAGGCUGAAGGCGGAAUUCCAGGCCAACCGUUACAUCACGGAGCAGCGGCGGCAGAGCCUGGCCCAGGAGCUCAGCCUCAACGAAUCCCAAAUCAAGAUCUGGUUCCAGAACAAGAGGGCCAAGAUUAAGAAGGCCACGGGCAUCAAGAACGGGCUGGCCCUCCAUCUCAUGGCCCAGGGACUCUAUAAUCACUCCACUACCACCGUGCAGGACAAAGAGGAGAGCGAGUGA